AUGUCGAAUUUCCCCGAGAUUCAAGGAGGAGGCUCGCUGAUUCUGGCCUGGCAGGUCAAGAGCAAGCAUAUCGUGGUGAUUGGCGGUGGCGAGGUCGCCGCCGGGCGCAUCGUGCAUGCACUCAACGCCGACGCCAAAGUGACCGUUGUCAGUCCCUCGGCCGGCCUCAAUGAGGAGGUGGCCUUCCGAGUCGCCGAGAAACAAGUCAGCCAUGUUGACCGCAAUUUCGAGCCCUGCGAUCUCGACAACGCUGAUAUGGUGCUCUGCGCCAUUGACGAUCCGGAAGCGUCGACUCAGGUGUGGAAGCUCUGCAAGGAGAAGCGGAUUCCGGCAAAUAUUGCAGAUGUGCCACCCGAGUGUGAUUUCUAUUUUGGGAGUGUUCACCGCGACGGUCCAUUGCAGGUAAUGGUCAGUACAAAUGGCAACGGACCCAAGCUGGCCAGCAUCGUGCGCAAGAAGAUCGCCGAGACGUUACCGGACAACAUGGGAACUGCGAUCGAGAAUGUCGGAAAGUUGCGCAAGAAACUGCGUGAGGUCGCACCCGACGCCAACGAGGGCCCCAAGCGGAUGAAGUGGAUGUCCGCCGUGUGUGAAUCAUGGAGUCUGGACCAGCUCGUGCGUAUGUCCGAGGAUGACAUGGACGGAUUACUGGCCUAUUACGAGUCUGGCAAAGUCCCUGCCUUCCAGGAAGUAUGA